CAUCAUCACUUCCCUGCACUCUCCCUCCCUCCCUCUCUCUCUCUCUCUCUGAAACCAAAAUAUAAAAACAAUACCCUCAUUUCCCAUCAAUUCUCUCUCUUUGUCCCCCUCCUUUCUACUCUCAUCUUUUAUUUUUUCCUUUAACCUUUUCACUAAAGAGAAAAGGACCAUGCCUGUGUUUAGUACUGGUGUAGAAACUCCCAGGAGACACUCACCGGACGGCCCAGAUCAAUCCAAAGUUUGUCCUCCUCCUCCUCCUCGAGAUUCCUGUGACCUCCCAUCUUUAUUGUUGUCGUCUUGUUAUCCUAUUACGCUCAAGUUUAUGGACGUGGGGUAUAGAGUGAAAUUUCAGAACAAGAACAAAGGAAGUAAUAUCAAGAGGAUUUUCGGCCAUGGCCCUACAAUUUCUGAUCAAUUUCAAGAUCGUACAAUCUUGAAUGGGAUCACUGGCAUGGCAUCCCCAGGAGAAAUCCUGGCCAUUCUUGGUCCAUCAGGAAGUGGAAAAUCAACGCUUCUUAAUGCACUUUCCGGAAGAAUCCAAGCAAACGGUUUCACAGGAACAGUGCUCACAAACAACAGAAAACCAGUGAGACAAAUAAUGAAAAGAAUUGGUUUUGUUACUCAAGAUGAUAUCCUCUAUCCCCACCUUACAGUUCGUGAAACCCUAGUCUUUUGCUCUUUACUUCGCUUGCCAAAAUCACUAUCAAAGCAAGACAAAACUUUGGUAGCUGAGUCAGUUAUAUCCGAGUUGGGGUUGGCAAAAUGUGGGAAUACAAUAAUUGGAAACGGUUUUAUACGUGGGAUUUCUGGUGGUGAAAGAAAGAGAGUGAGUAUAGCGCACGAGAUGUUAAUAAACCCUAGUUUGCUCAUUCUUGACGAACCCACGUCAGGUUUGGACGCAACCGCGGCUUACAGGCUGCUUUUGACAUUAGGGACACUUGCACAAAAGGGAAAGACUAUUGUUACAUCCAUGCAUCAACCUUCAAGUAGAGUUUACCAGAUGUUUGACUCGGUUCUGGUGUUAAGUGAAGGAAGGUGUUUGUAUUUCGGCAAGGGAAGUGAAGCUAUGGCCUAUUUCCAGUCGGUUGGAUACUCGCCGUCUUUCCCCAUGAACCCUGCUGAUUUUCUCCUUGAUCUCGCUAAUGGUGUGUGCCAACUUGAUGGUGCUAGUGAAUUGAGAGAUCAGCCGAAUGUAAAGCAAUCUCUCAUUGCAUCUUAUAACACUUUGUUAGCUCCGAAGGUGAAAGCUGCAUGCAUGGAGAGUGGUAGUGUUUCAACAAAAGAGAACGGUUUCAUUGGAAGCCAUUCUUCCAAAGAACAUAGAAGCAGCGACAGAAUUAGCAUUUCGUCUUGGUUCAACCAAUUCAGCAUUCUUCUUCAAAGAAGCCUCAAAGAACGAAAGCACGAGUCUUUCAACACUUUGAGAAUCUCCCAAGUAAUCAUGGCUGCAGUUUUAGCUGGUCUAAUGUGGUGGCACUCGGAUUUUCGAGAUAUUCAAGAUCGUCUGGGUCUCCUGUUCUUCAUGUCAAUUUUUUGGGGGGUCUUCCCAUCUUCUAACUCGGUGUUUGUUUUUCCUCAAGAAAGAGCAAUCUUUGUGAAGGAAAGGGCCUCCGGUAUGUACACUCUCUCUUCAUAUUUCAUGUCUCGGAUAGUCGGAGACUUGCCGAUGGAGCUCAUCCUCCCCACAAUUUUUCUUUCUGUGACGUAUUGGAUGGCCGGAUUGAAACCCGAAUUGGGUGCUUUCCUUUUGACUCUGCUGCUUUUACUCGGCUACGUGCUCGUCUCCCAGGGUCUUGGCCUUGCUUUAGGUGCAGCAAUAAUGGAUGCUAAACAAGCUUCAACUAUAGUUACAAUCACAAUGCUAGCAUUUGUGCUAACAGGAGGAUUUUACGUGCAUAAACUGCCACCAUGCAUGGCUUGGAUCAAGUACAUUUCUACAACAUUCUACGUCUACAAGCUACUUAUUAAUGCUCAAUAUGGUGGAGGCAAGAAUCUUUCAUCUUCGCUGGGUUGCUCGCUACCUCAUGGAAGUGAUAGAGCAAGCUGCAAGUUCGUCGAACAAGAUGUCGCAGGGCAAAUUAGCCCAGCCAUUAGUGUUGGUGCCCUGAUAUUCAUGUUCGUGGGGUAUAGGUUAUUGGCAUACCUCGCAUUAAGGCGUAUAAAAGCUUAAUAAGUUGUAGUAUUCUCAAAGCUUCUUCUUACCUCAAUGGCUCUAACUGUAAUUCUCCCAAAUACAUAUAUCGAUGAUUUUGAUUUCUUUU